AUGGGUGGCGAUCUCAAUCUCAAGAAGUCAUGGCACCCAGUGCUCAUGAGCAAUCAGAAGAGGGUGUGGGAAGAAGAGCAGAAAGCACUUGAAGAGCGAAAGAAGAUUGAUCAAAUCAGGCGUGAGCGGGAAGAGGAGCGACAGAUACAGGAGCUGCAAGACUUGCAAGAGGCCGCAGGCGGCAAGAAGCGACAAUCUAGGGUCGAAUGGAUGUACAGUGGCCCCUCCAGCGGCCAGGUCGGAACGACCGAGGAAAUGGAAGGCUAUCUUCUAGGAAAGAGGCGAAUCGAUGGUCUUCUGAAGGGAAAUGAGAACCAGAAGCUGGAGAAAGCUGCGCCUGAAGAAUCAUUCAUGGCCAUGCAGAGCGCCAACACAGCUCGGGACACCGCUUCGAAAAUACGAGAAGACCCGAUGCUUGCGAUCAAAAGGCAGGAACAAGCGGCCUACGAGGCCAUGAUGAACGAUCCUCUGAAGCGCAAGCUACUACUCAAAGCCGCGGGUCAAGAUGAGCCGCGCUCGUCAGACCGAGAUCAUAAGCGGCGGAAACAUCAUCACAGACACCGAGUUGAUCACGAUAGGCAUAGGCACCAUCGAUCGCGUGCUUACGAGGAUGAAGACGAGAGUCGAGAUCGGCAUAAGCGGCGCAGAUCCCGAGAACGCGGCGAUAGGGAGGAUAGGAGCGAGCGUCCGCGGCAGCGACAAAGAUCACCUUCAUAUUCCCGCUCGCGCUCAAGAUCUCCCCGCCGGUCCAAACGAUCAGCUUCCCCAUACCGUCGUAGGCGGUCCUAUUCACCCGAGGAGCGAAGACGAACCAGGUCAGGCUCUAGAUCACCUUAUCGCGAAAAGAGACAGGAGCAAAAUGGCGGAGUCAGAAAAACGCAAAGCUGGUAUGCGCCACGGCCGUCUCAGUCUCGAUCCUCAAAAGAUAAGAGUGAUGGAGGGCCGCAGACAGACGACAGAGCUGCGAAACUAGCGGCAAUGCAACAUGAUGCGGCCGAGCUCGACAAUCAGCGAGAAAGGAGACUGGCCGAAAUCGAGUCUCGAGACAAGGCUGCUGCUGAACAAGAUGAUAGUGCUCGGGCGCGGAAUGCAAAGUAUGGUGGUCGCGCGGAUUUUGUCAACAACAUUCACAAGAGCAACUUCAAUAGCAUGAGCCUAGCUGAUCGAAUGGGGCGGACUGGCGUUUCCAGUAGGACGAGCGAGGAAGAAUGA